GGCACCGGAGGCACCCGCCAGGGUUCUGGCCUUGGUGCGGCAGGGGUCCGACUCGCCGCGGUUCAGGGGAGGCUCAAGGGCUAUUCAAACGCAGGGCUGCUAUACAAAAACUCUCAGGGUCUCAUAGUAAUUCUCUUCUCAUAUUCAAAUAUUCCAAGGCCACAAUUUCGGCAGGACGAAAGAUGCGGACGUCUCGAAUCUCCCAAGAGACCACAAGAAUAUUCACUGCCCUGUCUCCGAAUGCGCCGGCCGGAAGAACAACAAGAAACUCGAAACGAAUCGCCUCUUUCGCAUUAGCAUAUAACGGAGAUGUCGAGGCUGAAGAGGAAGCUGGAACUGAAUCGGAGAUUGAUAAUACGUUCACCCCUAGCACGCCGGACAUCGAAGACGGCUUGACGAAACCCAUACGACCCAUUAAAAGGAGGAAACUCGUCGCAAAUACGCCAGAUGCUGUCGCAGAGUCUGUCAUCAAGACCGAGCAUGAGACAACGUGGACAUCUCCUCGUAGGAUCGAAAAGGAAGAGGAGGGUGAGAACGACUGGGAGGCACGCCCUACAAGCCAGACGAGAUCGAAGCCAAAAACACCGGCUCGCCGGGCGACUUCGCCCUCAGGCACUGUACGGAUUGUGCCUCCCUCGAACUGGGGUGAGAUCUAUGAUACGAUCAAAGCUAUGCGACAGCGGAACCCUGCUGCGCCUGUCGAUACCAUGGGCUGUGAGGACUUGUUCUGGCGCUCAGCACCUCCGCGAGAAAAGAGAUACCAUACGUUGACAGCGCUGAUGCUGUCGUCCCAAACAAAAGACACUGUCACGGCGGCCGCCAUGCAGCGACUACAUACAGAGCUAGUACCUCAACCUCUGGCUGCUGAUGGCGAGCUACAGCAAUCGACCUUGACGGUUGACAACAUCAUCGUAUGCGACCCAAAGCACCUGGAUACCUUGAUCGGGAAAGUGGGCUUCCACAACAAUAAAACGAAAUUUAUCAAGCAGGUCGCCCAAAUCUUGAAGGAUCAAUAUGGCUCUGAUAUACCCAAUACGAUCGAGGGUUUGGUAAGACUGCCAGGCGUCGGCCCAAAGAUGGCAUACUUGUGCAUGUCUGCAGCCUGGGGGGUUGACGAAGGCAUUGGUGUCGAUGUGCACGUUCACCGCAUCACUAAUUUAUGGGGAUGGCAUAAGACCAAAACUCCCGAAGAAACAAGGGCGUGGCUUGAAGGCUGGUUGCCCAAAGAUAAGUGGCACGAGAUCAACAAAAUGCUGGUUGGUCUUGGACAAACUGUGUGUUUGCCCGUGGGUCGGAGGUGUGGAGAGUGCGAUCUUGCUGGGACAGGCUUGUGCAAGGCGGAAAUCAGAGGGUGGAAGGCCACAGAGAGGAGGGUCAAGAAGGAGAAGGUAGAGGUCAAGAAUGAAGGAGAGGGUGAAGUUGUCACGAAGGAGAUGGAGGAGAGCCGGACGAUAAAUAUGAAGGAAGAAGUAGUAGGUACAUGAUCGAGUUCCCCUCAACGGCACUUCCUCAUUCUCUCAAAUUGACCUCUG